AUGUUCAUUGAAGAGUUGGUUAUGGUAUUUGUUGCUUUCACGCAGACUGGGAUGGGCCUACUGGGGAACUCAGCAUUGGUCAUGGGUUAUGUCAGAAUCCUCAUAUUUCAGCCCCAUCUCAAGAAGCCCACCGACCUGAUCCUCACACACCUGACUGCAGUCAAUAUAGUUACACUGCUAACGCAUAGUGCCACAACAUUGAUAUUUGCUACUAGGAUAGAGAAUAGAUUGGAAGACUUUGGGUGUAAUAUUAUAGCCUACAUAAGGAGAGUGACACAAGGCCUGUCCAUCUGCACCACAUGUCUCCUGAGUGUGUUCCAGGCUGUCACCAUCAGUCCCAGUACUUCUCGCUGGGCCCGGCUCAAACCCAAGGCUUCUGGUUACAUCGUCCCUUCCUUAGUUUUCUUCUGGGUCCUCCACCUCUCAAUGUACAUGAACAUCCUCACCACAACAAUUGCCUUCCAAAAUGUCACUAUUCCAGUGAACAGACUGAAUAUGAAAUAUUGUUCUGAUAUGUUCUCAAAGAAAUACUUGACCAAUGUAGCAUUUGUGGGUGUGAUAACUUUCAGGGAUGGUUUCUUUGUGCUCCUCAUGAGCUGGGCUAGUGGCUACAUGGUGGUCGUGCUCUACCGACACCACAAACAAGUCCAGCACAUUCACAGUGCGAGUCUCUCCACCCAAUCCUCUCCAGAAAGCAGAGCCACCCACACAAUCCUUCUACUAGUCACCUGCUUCUUUAGCAUUUACUGUAUGAGCUGCAUCAUUAGCCUGGCAUCAACAGUAGUAGAGGAUAAAAACUUCAGGAUGACAGGUGCAAUAAACAUUCUUGGAGCCUGUUACCCAGCCCUCUCUCCCUGGGUGCUAAUCCAAAGUGAUCCCAGGGUCCCCAGACCUCGGCGUGUCCUUGGGAAGGUGAGAAGUCCCUCUCCACCCCUGGAUCCCAGUGGGAAACGUCAGGUCAGCUCUCCGCCCUACUUUUUGCCCCAGGCCCCACUUAGAAGUAUCCCAUCGUGGAGAUGUAACCCAGAAGAACCACACUCUAUAUUGCCACAGCAAUAG